CAAGGCUCAGCUGAGUAAGAAGAGGGGACAUGGCGGAGACGGAGAGCGGCGGCUCGGUGCACGCGACUCGCUUUGAGGCGGCCGUGAAGGUGAUUCAGAGCUUGCCCAAAAAUGGUUCAUUCCAACCAACAAAUGAAAUGAUGCUCAAGUUCUAUAGCUUUUACAAGCAAGCGACCCAAGGACCUUGUAAUAUUCCAAGACCUGGAUUUUGGGACCCUAUUGGUAGAUACAAAUGGGAUGCGUGGAAUGCUUUAGGAGAUAUGCCCAAAGAAGAAGCUAUGAUUGCUUAUGUUGAAGAGAUGAAAAAGAUUCUUGAAACUAUGCCAAUGACAGACAAGGUUGAAGAACUACUGCAUGUAUUGGGCCCAUUCUAUGAAAUUGUAGAGGACAAAAAGAGCAGAGGAUCAGGCAUAAUAUCAGGCCCUGGAACUGCCAUAACAUCUGUGCCAGCUGUGAAUGGCAAGUCUGAGAGCAGCGAUAGCGGAGCAGAGUCAGAGGAAGAAGAAGUCCAGGAAGAAACAGAAGAACUAAAGGAGAUUGUAGAAGAAAGUAAAACUAUAGAAGAGGAAUCAGCUGUAGCCAAGGAAUUGGACGGUAUUGUCACCAAUGGUAGUUAUGAUGAUGGCAUCCCUAAUUCUGACUUGGCCAAUGGCGUACAGACUAAAUCUGACCUGAAUGGUAUAAAUGAAAAUGAAGAAAUUAAGAAGAAAGAAAAACGCCUUGAACUACCUAUCAGAUCUCAUUUUGGUUAUCACCAAGGUCUCACUGAAGAUACCACUGAAGAGGUCUCUGGAAUUCAACAUCUGACAAGUGAUUCAGACAGUGAAGUUUACUGUGAUUCUAUGGAGCAAUUUGGACAAGAAGAGCUCUUGGAUAUCAGUGCAUCAAACAAUGAAUCUUCAAAGCAUCAUUUCCAUUUCUCAGAAGUUGAUCGUGGUAGCCUGCUAGAAACUGCUGGUUUUCUUGAACUGGGAAACUACAAGUCAGAAGGUAUAAAGGAGGCAGCAGUUGAAGGAAAAGGUGAAGUCAAGUGUGGAGGUGAAGAUGGCAAAGCAAGCGACGGAGGCCCUCACAAAGAGAAGAAAGGUGGCGAAAAGGUUGAUUUCUACGGGAUGAGAAGAGGGAGAGGACCCCGAAUGCACCCUGUGGGUGAUGGCACCCAACGCGGACAGAUGGGCAGUGGAGGAGAUGGCGAAAGAUGGGGUUCAGACAGAGGGCCAAGGAGCAGCCUCAACGAACAAAUCACAAUAGUGCUCAUACGAUUACAGGAAGACAUGCAAAACGUCUUUCAGAGGCUAAAUACACUGGAAACACUGACAGCUUCACAGGCAAGAACAGCAACUCUGCAUUCAAGCAAUCAGUCCGCUUCACCUGUGAAGAGACCAUCAUGGUGGCCCUUUGAGAUUUCUCCUGGUACUUUAGCCUUUGCUGUUUUAUGGCCCUUUAUUGCCCAGUGGCUGGUACACAUAUAUCUUCAAAGAAGGAGAAGAAAAGAGAUCUGACGUUUCAGUUCCUGAUUUUAAUUAAGGACUGCUUAUACAGGAAGACUCUGGAAGGAGAAAUUACUUGUCG